AUGUGGGUCUCGGAGCUUCAAGAGAAGUAUGGCGACAUGUGUGAAUUAUACAUGGGCACGGAAAGACACGUUUGGUUAUCAAAUGGUGAUCUUGUCUCGAAAAUUGUCAGCCCCUCGACCACCAAUAAUUUUUUGAUUCGCAUCACGGCUCGACAAGGUCUUGAUGAAAUUGAUGUCACCACCAAGGGGAUCACCUUCAAUCGUAGUCUAGAAUCGUGGUCGUUCAAUCGAAAGUUCUUUAACCAAGCCAUCAGCGCCUCAAAAUUCCUAAAGCAGACCGUGGAAAGAGCACACGAGUUUUUUUCGGAAAUGGAAAAUUACUGGUCGAAUCUUGAUCCGGAUGCCAAUUUAAAUCUCUCCGAAUGGAUGUCUCAAUUCAUGAUGGAACUUAUUUUUUUCAUGACGACCAAUAGAAGAGCUCAUACUCUUGCGAGUUAUUACAACAUGAUAUCGGAAAAUAAGGCGGAAAUCCCGGAUACUGUCUUGAAGGAAGCAGGAACUUUUAUCAAGAACAUUGAAUCUUGGCUAUGCGCUCUGCAAUUUUUCAUGGAUACACCAAAACUAUGGCGAGAUUAUAUACCGAGUUUCAGGAGGAGAGCGGAUGCGCUGAAGGGUGAUAUCAAUAAAGUCAAUCAGUCCUUUCUCGAGCUUAUCCGAGAUCGGAAACAGGAGAUUGAUAGAACGCCCUUGGACGAACCGUUAAGAGCUGACAUGUUGACAAUGCUGUUAACAGUUAAUACUCCACGCGAUAUUACCACAAAUAUAGUGGAUGAUGAGCAUACAAGGCCAAUGUCGGAGGACGAAGUUCGAGGAAAUUUGCUGGAAGUAAUUGGAGCUGGUGUCGACACCCAUUAUCCCGAAGUGAAAGAAUUGAUGAUGAAAGAAAUUGAUUCCGUUUUUGGCAACGAACCCGGUCGCCCGAUUACACAGGAGGACUUGAAUAAAUUGGCAUAUUGCGAAGCAAUCAUCAAAGAAGGUGGUUUUCCUGAUUUUGGUUGA